AUGUCGCACCAACAAGGAUAUGGUCAGCCCUCUCAGCAAGUCAUGGCCCCUCAAAAUGACUCUGGCAAUUUCCCAGGUGGUCGUUUUAGUAUCGCCCAUCGCGACACCAAUGCCGUUCUCAACGUCGAGCUGCAACAAGGCACCACGGUGCGUUCCAAAUCUGGAGCCAUGAUUCACAUGUCAGGUUCCGUGGAAAUAUCGGGAAAAUCCAAAUUCUCUUUCGGAAAGCUCUUUACCGGAGGUAACAUGUAUGAGUCCUUGUACGCUGGGCCGGGUCGUGUCGCACUUGGCCCAACACUCUUUGGAGACAUCAUCUCCCUACACGUUGACGGUAGCCAGUCCUGGGCUAUUGGCAAAGACGCUUUCCUCGCCAGCACUUCUGAAGUUACCAAAAAAAGAGAGACUCAAGGACUUGGCAAGGCCUUGUUCUCAGGUGAAGACCUCUUUGUCUUUCGUGUCGAGGGUCAAGGUAUCAUGUGGCUCACGAGCUUUGGCGCUGUUGACCGACUAGAUCUGCAACCAGGCGAGCAGCACAUUGUAGACAACGGCCAUCUUGUGGCAUGGAGCUGCAAUUAUUCGAUCGAAAAGGCUGGUGGUGGAGCCAUGACCGGUCUGAAGACAGGAGAGGGCCUCGUGUGUCGCUUCACCGGUCCUGGUUCGGUCUAUGUACAAACCCGAAAUAUGGACGAGUUCCAGUCUUUCAUCAAAGAGACUGUCGGAGCUUCUUAG